UUCAUGUACCUGCAGGUGCACGGGCCAGGUCUGGAAUCGGAAAGCUCAACUUGUAGCAAAAUAAUGCCAGAUCACCGUCUCUGUCCAGACCCUAUCGUCCCACCUUGCCGAGUCUACUUUUGCGCUUUUGCCAUGACAUGGUGUCUUUCAAGAUAAGACACUGUCCCUUGAAAAAUAUCCAGUGUGCGUGACUGUUCGAGCUUCGUCCUACGCAUCCACCGCCUCCUCCGUAAAACCCCCGCGCCGCGACAGCAGUACUCAUUGGCAGCACCAUGUCGGAUUUCCAGAUGUACCACGCUCUUGGGCAAGGCUCUCAGGAUCCUAACGAAGCAUCGCAAGCGGACAACGCGAACGCCUUCCGUCCUCCCGUCGCUGCCAGUCCCGCUGGCUACCAACAAACCGGAGGUCCCACAUAUGGCCAUACCCCAAAUCAAUACGGCCCGCCCAGUCAGAACACGGCCCCGGCUCAGCAGCCAGGUUACUUUCCACCUCAGGCUUCACCACAAUACCAGCAUGCACCACAGGAUGUGGAUGGUUUGGCACAGCAGAUGGGGGGUAUGGGAUUGAGUGCAGAGCAGUCGGGGACUGUGAGGCAUAACAAGAAGAAGGGCCGCCAUGCCUAUCAUAACCUCGAGGGCCCUGGCGGAAGCCCACAAGCACUCAAUGGCAUGCCUCAAGGGAAUGUGGGAACUCCAACACAAUUCGGCCAGCCUCAGAUCACACCAGCCAUGAACCAGUUCCCCGCAGCUGCACCUCUCUUCAGCCCAACAAGCCCAGCGACAGGCAUGCAACAUGCUGCGCGCAUGUCCAGCCCUGCUCCUGGCGUGUCGACUGCUGCACAGCAGGGCAAAGUGGAUCCGGAGCAGAUACCCAGCAUUCCGCGAUCGCGAGAUGCUCCCGCAAAGUAUUAUCUUGAGCAUGUAUACCCUACCAUGGAACGACAUUUACCUCCGCCUGCUCUAGUACCAUUUGUCGCAUUCGAUCAAGGAAACUCUUCUCCUAAGAUUGCGAGACUCACUCUCAACAGCAUUCCCUCGACUGCCGAGGCGCUUAAUUCCACCCAUCUUCCUCUUGGCCUUCUACUCCAACCAUUAGCCCGACAACAAGAAGGCGAACAGCCUGUACCUGUUUUAGACUUUGGUGAUACGGGACCACCACGGUGUAGGAGGUGUCGUGCAUACAUCAACCCAUUUAUGCCAUUCAAAUCGGGCGGCAACAAGUUCGUGUGUAACAUGUGUACGUUUCCGAACGAUGUGCCUUCGGAUUACUUUGCGCCCACAGAUCCAUCCGGAGUGAGGGUGGACAGAUUACAACGCCCGGAACUCACGCUGGGCACUGUAGAUUUCAUGGUUCCUAAAGAAUACUGGUCUAAAGAACCCGUUGGUUUGAACUGGCUUUUCUUGAUUGAUGUCAGCGCCGAAGCCGUUAACAGAGGCUUCCUCGAUGGAUUUUGCGAAGGUAUCAUCGGUGCUCUUUACGGUUCUGAGAAAGAUACAAACAGUGAAGAUGAUGCCCCAACUAGGAUUCCAAAAGGCUCAAAAGUCGGUAUUGUCACAUUCGACAAAGAGUUGCAUUUCUACAAUCUCAACCCUAGUCUGGACGCAGCUCAGAUGCUUGUUAUGCCGGAUCUCGAGGAACCUUUUGUGCCACUCAGUGACGGCUUGUUUGUGGAUCCUGUGGAAUCGAAGUCCAUUAUCAUUUCCCUGCUUACGCAGCUUCCCAACAUGUUCUCUGAGUUCAAGAAUCCGGAGCCGUGUUUGCUCGUUGCUCUUGACUCAGCUGUACAAGCACUUUCGGCAACGGGUGGAAAGAUUGUGUCGUCACUGGCUUCUUUGCCGACGUGGGGUCCUGGCCGUCUACACCUCCGCGACGAUGGCAACAAUCAGGGCAAUACUGAUGCCGACCGAAAGCUGUUCACAACCGAGCAUCCUGCUUACCGAAAGAUCGCACAGAAAAUGGUGGAGAACGGGAUUGGCAUAGACUUUUUCCUUGCAGCACCAAACGGUGGCUACUUGGAUGUUGCAGCGAUUGGUCAUGUAUCCGCAACUUCAGGCGGUGAAGUCUACUACUAUCCUAACUUCCACUCUACCCGCGAUACACUCAAACUCUCGAAAGAAAUCAAGCAUACGGUGACUCGUGAUACCGGAUACCAGGCGAUGAUGAAAGUUCGAUGUUCGAACGGUCUGCAAGUGUCAGCAUACCAUGGAAAUUUCUAUCAUCACACUUUUGGUGCAGACCUCGAGUUCGGUGUUAUUGAUGCUGACAAGGCUAUUGGAGUCAUGUUCUCAUAUGACGGUAAACUUGACCCUAAGCUCGAUGCCCAUUUCCAAGCCGCUCUUCUUUAUACUACAGCCAGUGGCCAGCGCCGGGUGAGGUGUAUCAACAUCGUCGCAAGUGUGAGCGAAGGCGUGUCAGAGGCAAUGAAAUUCAUCGAUCAAGAUGCUGUAGUAAGCAUCAUCGCCAAGGAAGCCGCCGCUCGUAUGCUCGAGAAGAAUCUCAAAGACAUUCGAGCUGCGUUGACCGAAAAGACCGUUGAUAUCCUGGCUGGGUACCGUAGGAACUUUACGGCAAGCAACAAUCCACCCGGUCAGCUUGUUCUACCUGAGAACUUGAAAGAGUUCAGCAUAUACAUGCUUGGCUUGUCCAAAUCGAGAGCUUUCAAAGGCGGCAAGGAGCCUACCGACCGGAGAGUGCAUGAUAUGCGGAUGAUCAAAGCCAUGGGGCCUUUGGAAAUGUCCCUAUACCUCUAUCCGCGCAUCAUAUCCAUUCAUGACCUCGACGAAAGGGAUGGGUUUGCAAAUGAGAAUGGACAUCUACGUAUGCCAGACUCCAUUCGAGCGUCAUUUUCUCAGGUUGAGGAAGGAGGUGCUUACCUUGUGGACAACGGACAAACUGUCUUACUGUGGCUACAUGCACAAGUAUCCCCGAAUCUACUCGAAGAUCUCUUUGGUGAAAACAAGAAGAGUCUCAAGAGCCUAGACCCUUUCUCGUCAUCCCUACCGGUACUUCAAACACAUCUCAACGCCCAAGUACGAAACAUUCUGCAAUACCUGGAGUCUUCUCGCGGUUCCAAAGCCAUGACUAUACAGCUCGCUCGACAAGGACUUGACGGUGCGGAAUAUGAGUUUGCUCGGCUGUUGUACGAGGACCGAAACAACGAAGCGCAAAGCUAUGUGGAUUGGCUGGUGCACGUUCAUCGGCACAUACAGCUAGAGCUUGCUGGGCAACGGAAGAGGGAGGAUUCAGAUGGUGGGUUGGGUUCCUCAUUUGUGGGGUUGCGUACCCCGUAUUGGGGAUGA